CCUCCUCCACUCCCAGGACAGCUGCAGCAGUCGCCUCCCAACCACAGCCGAGAUGCAGAGUGUCGCCGUCCUCGCCUGCCUGCUGGCCGCCGCCCACGCCGGGAUCGUAGCGCCGGCCCACCUCCCCGCGGCUCCAGCGCCGGCGCCGGCCCACGCCGUCGUCUACGACCACUACGCGCCGCCCAGCUACAGGUUCGACUACGCCGUGGCCGACUCGCACACGGGCGACGCCAAGACGCAGUUCGAGCACCGCGACGGCGACCGCGUGACCGGCGCCUACAGCCUCAUCGACGCCGACGGCACGACCCGCAUCGUCGAGUACACGGCCGACGACCACAACGGCUUCCAGGCGGUCGUGAAGCGCAUCGGACACCCGACGCCGGCGCCGCCCAGGGCCGUGGUCGUGGCCGCCCCCGCUCCGGCACCCGCCGCCCACGCGCCGGUGUACGCCGCCCCCGCUCCUGCUCCCGCUCCCGUCGCCCACGCCGCUGUUUACGCCGCCCCCGCGCCGGUGUACGCUGCCCCCGCCCCCGCCGCCCACGCAGCUGUCCUGGCCGCCCCCGCUCCCGCCGCCCACGCAUACGCCUACCCGGCUGCCGGCCACGGUCCUGCGCCCUACCACGGUAGUGUCGCCGUCCUCGCCUGCCUGCUGGCCGCCACCCACGCCGGGAUCGUAUCGCCGGCCCACCUCCCCGCGGCUCCAGCGCCGGCGCCGGCCCACGCCGUCGGCUACGACCACUACGCGCUGCCCAGCUACAAGUUCGACUACGCCGUGGCCGACUCGCACACGGGCGAUGCCAAGACGCAGUUCGAGCACCGCGACGGAGACCGCGUCACCGGCGCCUACAGCCUCAUCGACGCCGACGGCACGACCCGCAUCGUCGAGUACACGGCCGACGACCACAACGGCUUCCAGGCGGUCGUGAAGCGCAUCGGACACCCGACGCCGGCGCCGCCCAGGGCCGUGGUCGUGGCCGCCCCCGCUCCGGCACCCGCCGCCCACGCGCCGGUGUACGCCGCCCCCGCCCCUGCUCCCGCUCCCGUCGCCCACGCCGCUGUUUACGCCGCCCCCGCACCGGUGUACGCCGCCCCAGCUCCCGCCCCCGCCGCCCACGCAGCUGUCCUGGCCGCCCCCGCUCCCGCCGCCCACGCAUACGCGUACCCGGCUGUUGGCCACGGUCCUGCGCCUUACCACGGUUAGAGGACCUGCCGCCCAACAGACUGCAUCGUUGUCCACCACAUAGCUCUCGGCACGAGAGCGGUUUACAUGAAUGACCCGCCACCGCAUCGCUUAACUAACUUCGCCACUGUUGACCCAUCGUCGCACGUUCAUCGUUCACUUGCAUAUACAUUGUAAAACAUAUGAACACUGUAAAUUAAAAUUUAUUUUCUGAAAUUAAGUGCU